ACGCCCAAUUUUUCUUCGCCCGCUAACCCAUCUAUCAAUCUUCCGUGGCUCUCCCUGUAAAAGCUCAGGAUAGAAGGAGCAACAGAUGAGCCACGCUUAGGACCAUGGCUAUGGCAUGUGUAUUUCUGACUCCACCUCCUCCUCUUCUUUCAAUUACCGCCUCCAAGUCUCAUCAUUCUUCUCUUAUUACCACCCACUCCGCAAUUCUGCCCUUCACCUCCUCAUCGACGCCCCUCAGACCAAAAACAGCCUUCCAUUUCCACAAGAUUCUCCUACGGGAAACCCAUGUAUGGAGGACCUACGCUACCCCUGAGGAGGCCUUGCCUUCAGACACUGUAACCCCUCUUGAGAGCUCUCAGCAGAUAGUCUUCUCCACUGAUGAUGGAACCGCCAACAUCAUAUCGGCUCUUCUCUUCGUUGCCUUUGCUGUUUUGUCCAUCCUCACUGUUGGGGUAAUAUAUUUAGGAGUAACUGAUUUCUUGGAGAAGAGGGAGAAAGAGAAGUUUGAGAAGGAAGAGAAGGCCACGAAGAAGAAGAAUGGGAAAAAAAGAAGGGUGAGAGCAAGGGCAGGACCUAGGGGAUUUGGGCAGAAGAUUAAUGAGGAUGAUGAUGAUGAUUAGCAUUUGCAGAUGUAUAAUGUAUCUCUAGAUUUUGGCAUUUUGAAGAGUUGGUUUACAUUUUGAUUC